GUCAUCUUCGAUCGCUUCUGUUGGGGACCCUCUAGCGUGGUUGUUCCCACCGGCGGGCCAUUGACCCCCGCGCUGCUUCGUGCGUUUCCUCCUGAAAGGAAGAUCAGGGCUCCUAGAGCCGAGGGCGGCCAUGUCUGAUCCAGCUCAGCAAGCAGCCCCAGGUGCGGGACAGGAAGGGGGUGAAAAUGCUGGGGGCCCCCCUGGACCGUCAAAUUUGUCCAGUAAUUGGCGCCUGCAGCAGACUCAAGCGCAGGUGGAAGAAGUGGUGGAUAUUAUGCGUGUGAAUGUGGAUAAAGUUUUGGAGCGAGAUCAGAAACUCUCAGAAUUAGACGAACGAGCAGAUGCCCUGCAAGCUGGUGCCCAAGUAUUUGAAAGUAGCGCAGCAGCGCUCAAGAGGAAAUACUGGUGGAAGAACUGUAAGAUGAUGAUCAUGCUGGGAGUGAUCUGUGCCAUUGUGGUCAUUGCAAUUGCACUUUACUUUUUUACCUGAGAAUGUGGUCCCCUCCCCUUUUCCCCACCCCAGUCUGCAGCCUUCUUACCCCAUUUCCCUUUCCAAACCCAAUUCUUCUUUCUCUUUCCUUUCUCUCUUCAUUCUGGCUUUGUCAUCUAUUUUCUGUUAGUUUUGUUUGCUUCCAUUCAAGACUGUAAUGCACUGUUUCCAGAUAUGAGUUGACCCCCUUCACAGCUGCUGCAGCCUGAGUGGACGAGCUUGUUUUUGGAGGGUGGCAAUGGGCCUAGUGGAGGAACUGUGGAAGUUUGAUGUACUCUACUGAUUAUACCUGGGGUUUCACUCGCAAUCUGAGAUGCCUUGUAUGUCACUCAGUUCUCCUGUGACUCUAUAGGAAAGUAUUUCCUUUGGCCAUGGACAGUAUUAUUGAAAACUCCACCAGAAUAGAGAGGAGAAAAGUUGCAUCCCAUUACAGUAGUGAUUCUGGCAUUGUGCCAUGCCACCAGAAUUGAUUGAGUCUUUUGUUAGACUCGAAUAUAAGCUCCUGUUGAUGUUCAGAUGACAAAAGUUCUGAUCUUAUGGUGACUGACAGCCAUCUUUACUAUACUGAAGUAAUAUUUCACCUCUUGGAUGUUGUAGGAAGUUGUUGGUUUGAUUCAUUAUCCUUGGCUCCAAGAACAAGUAUGCCUUUCAUCUCACCUCUAAUUCUGACAGUAUUGGGAAUAAUGUCAAAGGCUAGGUGGCUUGUUUGACCAAAGUAAUAGAUGAUGGAGGGUACCACUGAGUUGGAAAGCCCCAUAUUGCUUGGCCCUUAGUAGAAUAGCAAGUGUAGGAGCUAUAUCUUGGGAACCUCUGUAGUGUAUUUUGAAGGGUUUCCUUCUAAAAGCAAUGUGCUGUAAAAUGAGGACCCUGAAUUUUUCUGGCUUCAUGAGUUGGAAACAGCAACGCGGAGUGCCAGUGAUUCUGGGAGACUGCAUGAGUGUUUAUUCUGAUGUGCUAUUUCUCACCAGAUGUAGUUUUAGGUCAUCCCUUGAUGAUACUUGUCAGAAUAUACAGUGACAUGCAUAUGUGAACCCAUGUUCCUUUGCCCCCUAACAGCCUGUUGGAUAAGUUGUAUGACUCCAGGGUGAAAGGAGCUCAGAGAGUGGUGAACAUGAGUUUAAAGAUGCUGAAGAGUGGUAGUUUUCUUCUGAUUCCAGUCUAAGGACUGAUAGAGCUAUGAGGCACAGUUUGGUAAGAGGCCUUGUUAUGGUGCCAGUUAGGGCUUGACCAGAGAAUAUUGUUGAGAGGGCCCAGAAGCUGUAAUGCUCUGACAGGACUUACCAGCUGGUGGCCACUGGGCUUAAUUUACUUUAACCUCAGAACAGUUUUAUCUGGCCCCUAAACUUUUGUUCUGGCUGUGCUAGGAGUAACCCUACUCUCGCCAUAGCAUGCUGCAAAGGUGCUGAUUUUUUGCAUGUUCACUGCCAUGCACCAGCAUUUCAUUUGCAGAGUCCAUCUCUUUGCGAAUCCCCAUCUUGUUUCCCCUUUGGGGGAUGAUGGAGGAGAACAGGAAUGGAGCUCCCAUCUUCUUUGGACAAUUCUCUUCCUAUUUCGGUGGGACUGUGUUGAUGGAAGUGCAACACCUGAAGAGGAGCCGGGGCGCAAGGUGUGAUGCUGCUGUCAGUAUGAGAGGAAGCACAGUAAGGUGUACAGCCCCUUCUUGAUUUCUUCUGGACAAGACCUUGGUUUAAUCUGCUGCCAUAUUUUUUUUUUGAGAGAAGGCCACUAGGCUGCUUUCUUCUGCUUUUCUUGUCUGUUUUCAUGGAUGUUGUAUGUUGUGCCUUUUCCCUUUCUAUCUCCUCACUGCUCCAUCUCUAUGCAUGGGCAAAAAGUACACCCAUUUCCCUAGGCCCUGUUUGCCUAAACCAAGGGACUACUUUCUCUAUGCACAGGACUUCAGCCGCUUUCUCACACACCUGUGGUUUGUCCUUGUGAGGAAUGCAGCCAUAAUGUUCUCCUGGCAUGUGUAACCAUCUAUUCUUAACGAUCGCUGCUAACAAAUACUUCUUGACCCACUAAAAUGAGUUGGGUUCGUUUGCCUGGGUACUAGAGGAAACAGGAUUCUGCUUGCAGGUGGUAAGGCAGAAGAAUUUAGACUGACAUAAGAGUACUAAAAAUGGUAUUGCCUGAAUAUAUAUAAUCUGAUAUGCGAGAGAUCGCAAGUGGCCAACAUGGCAUCUAGAUAGACAGAUACAGGAAUGCUGGCAAGCUUGAUUUUCACCCAUGUGGAUGCUUGUUCUUUGCUGCAUAAAGCAGGGCUCCAUUGUGACUCAGUAGAUGGUAUGUACAAAGGCACCAUGGGACGUUGUACUGAAUAUCAAGUAGAUGAGUAGCAUUUGUGCUUGAUUUGGACUUGAUAUGGUGUGGCCUUGUAGAGUUUUGGAGAAUCAGCUUCAAUUAACAGCAGUGGAAGGCAAGAUAUUUGGAAGAAUCCUGGGCGAGGGAAGCCUUUGACUAGGGCUUAAAAAUAUCCUUUUUUUUUUUUUUUUUGGCUUAACCUGCCUCUCCUGUUGGUCCCUCAUUAUACUGGCAUAAUGCAUUUUCUGUUUCUUUUGCAUAAACAAAUUUAGCAAAAUAACUGUUACAAGCAGAAUAAACUAUGUCAAAGAGAACAAAAUGCUAACAGUGUAAUAUUCCUAAUUAGUUUCAGUGUGGAAAUAAAUGGUAUAAAGCUAACCUCUUGGAUACAGUG